GUAAAAAGUUCAAAACUGUAAAGAAAACCUAGAAAUGGCUAUGUAUUGUAUGUAAGUGUAGGAAAAAUGUGUGUUUUGUGAGAGAACAAUGAAUGAUAGCGGGGCGGAAACUUCCGAAGCUUUGGAUCCUAGAGUGCAGAUAGAAUUGGAACGUCUGAACUCGGCAACAGAUGAGAUCAACCGGCUUGAAGUUGAAUUAGACGAGGCUCGUCUUGCGUUCAGACGACUCCUGGCUGAAGGUCAUUUACGGAUUCAGCAGCUCACAAAGAAGUUGGGAAAUAGUGUGCACAAGGCUAGACCGUAUUAUGAGGCUAGAUUUCGAGCUAACAUUACGUCAUCAGAACUACAAAAAGCAACACUUGCCUACGACAAAGCGAACAGCGCGCAUGCAGCUGCCAGGGAGAUGGUGUACCUUGCGGAGCAGGGACUCGCCAGAUUGGCCGAGGGGUCGGAGGGAGGUCUUACCCUGGAUCCUGCCUGGCAAGAGAUGCUCAAUCAUGCUACACAGAGGGUUAACCAGGCGGAGGCAGACCGUGCCCACACAGCGGUGACACAAAGAACGAAGGCGGCGGCCCACCGCGCCGCCUCGGCACUAGUGCAACAACUACAGAGCGGCCUGAAAAGGCAUAUCGCCAAGUCCAGACCGUACUUUGAAGAGAAAGCCCGUAUAAACACAGCACUCGAAGCCCAAAAAGCUCGGAUACAGACAUUGGAAGAGCAAGUAUGCGAAGCGAAGCAACAGUAUUCAUCCGCGUUACGGAAUCUCGAGCGGAUUUCAGACGAAAUCCAUCGACAUCGAUCGAGGAGAAUGUCUGAGAAACAUAUUAAUAAUGGAGAUAUAGAUCAAUCAACAGUAACAGAUACGAGCGAUACAAACACGACGACUAGCGACAAACUUGAGGAACUGUGUUCUCACAGCGCAGACGAUAGUGUCCGGGAGUGGUUGCGACGAACGGCCGACGCGCAAAGGCCACAGCGGCUCACUGACGCGGAUACAUGGACGGAGAUCGACUUGGAAUACUCUAGCCCUGAAGAAGUAAGCUUCGAAAAGUGUUCCCUGCGGCCGCGCUCUACCCCCGAAAAACUAUCACCAACAAGCCCAAUGGAGUCGAAGGUGUCCGCAGCCAGCCCUCGUCGUAUCAUCAGAACGGUGGAUCGCAACGCUGCGCUCAGAGCCGAGCUGGAAAAGGGCCGAAGACAGAGCUUAGAUGCCUUGUUACAUGAUACUGGGGAAAAGAUGAAGGAAAUGUUUCAAGGUUUGUCCCUGUUCGGCGAGCGGCGCGGUUCGGAGUCGGCCCCCCGCACGCCGCGGCGCGCGCACUCCCCCCGCGCCCUGCGGCGCUCGCCCGCCGGCGAGGGCUCCUCCGCCUCGGACGAGCGCUACUCCGACACCGACAGCCUCGCCAGCAUGGAAAUGUUAACGGACGAGCAAAUAGCCUCUCUAAUGCUGGACGCGCAACUCGAAGCAGUCUGCGAGCGACUCGCAGGUGUAGCGCGCCAGCCUGCGCCUGCGCAGUCGCCCGAAGCCAGAUUCUGAGGUACCCAUGUCAACCGAUGAAACUCCUCUUAGGACCGACGAUAUAUCACGUUAUUUGUAGACAAUCGCAGGAGUAGUGCACCAGCCAGCGCCUGCGUAAGGUUUUGCAACGUCAGUACGACGUAUGUAACGUACUGGUUACGUCACUUCGAGUGCGUUGUAGAAGGACAUGCAUGUCGCUCGGAAUGAGUCACGUCGUAUAAAGACAUGCGAAGGAAGUAAAGAGUAAUUACGAUAAACAAGCAGUAUACUUGUCAUUGAUUAGAGCAUUUGUCACAUGAACGAUAUUUUUGUCACAAAUUGUUAUACCGAAGACGUAAAUCUUGAUGACACAAGUCACGUACGUUUUAAGGACAUUAGUUGAUAUAACUAAAAAUACGAUGUGAAAAAUGUAACAUUAAUAAUUUCAUAAAAGCAAAUUUCAUGAAAACUUUACCAUUCUUGUUUGCCAUUGGAGCAGAAUCGAAAAUAGAUUCGGGUUCCGCAACAAAUAUUGCGGAAGCUUAAAGAACAUUUAUUUGUGUCACACCCCGAAUUUUGACAUCAAAAGACCAUAUUGUCAUAAUGUCAAGGUGGCGUAGUAACUAAUCAACAGAGAUCAAAAAAGCAUUUACUUAAACUUCAAGUAAUCGAGUGAAUAAUAUCUCCCUCUGAAAAUCCAGAAUUAAUAUAUAUUAUUCCGAUCACCGCUAACCAAUUCUAAAGUGUGUAGUUACACGGGCUCCCUUUGAGCUGCAUUGCCACUGUAAU